CAACCAUUCUCAGAACGCGAACAUUUCUCCAAUAAACAACACGAAGCCAGUCAACAUGACAUCGGCCUUUGGAUCCCUCGAUACGCCUUUGGCUGGCAACCACUCCGAUCAUGGCAACUUUUCUCACCAUGGCAACCACUCCCAUCAUGGCAACGUCUCUCACCAUGGCAACCACUCCCAUUAUGGCAACGUCUCUCACCAUGGCAACCACUCCCAUCAUGACAACUUCUCUCACCAUGGCAACCACUCGCAUCAUGGCAACUUCUCUCACCAUGGCAACCACUCCCAUCAUGGCAACGUCUCUCACCAUGGCAACCACUCUCAUCAUGGCAACGUCUCUCACCAUGGCAACCACUCCCAUCAUGGCAACUUCUCUCACCAUGGCAACCACUCCCAUCAUGGCAACUUCUCUCACCAUGGCAACCAUUCUCACCAUGGCAACCACUCUCAUCAAGGAAACCACUCCCAUCAUGGCAACCACUCUAACCCUGGUGACCACAAUCCAGACAAUGAAAUACUAAUCAUAGGGCGGGAAGUAGAAAAUACUCAUGUUGGAAACCAUCCUAACCCUUUGAAGGGACAGGCUGAAGAGAGCAAGGGAGUCCUGAAGUUCCUUGUGGACAAACUUUUCAGAUUACUGGGGGUGACAAAAGACGACUUUUAGCUGGCGGGUCGCAAAGCAAAAGCAUACAUCUCGAAGAAUCUAAUACCAAUAAAAGAUUAUGUUUAAUC